AUGGAUUCUGGUAAUAGUGGCAGUUUACAGUCUUCAAGCGGCGGUGUUGGUGGCGGUGGCGGAGGCGGAAGCGGUGCUGCUGCUACUGCUGCUGAUGAAGACUAUGAUUCAAGAACUGACUCCAUCUCUUCCUUCUUAAACCAUUCUUCUUCCCACUUUAACCACAAUCCGAUUCUCCAACCACCACCGUCGUCUUCCUCAUCUCACCAUCAUCGAACCCUAGAUACCACUUUCUUUAAUCCUUCCUCAGCUUCGUAUUUUGCACCUUCGAACUCAACCAAUCCAAACCCGGUUUAUGAUCCUGUUUGGUCCAGAAACGUACGACCCGAUCCGACCUUCACCGGCUUUGGUGCAACCCAAAACGACGACGUCUACUUGAAUUCUCAGCAAGGCAUGUACGCUAACCAGUCGCCGCCGGUGAGUUCAAAUGCAAACCCGGGUCGUGUUUCCGAUCAUCAUCAAGUCGGAGUUACAACCAAGAAUCCAAAGAAGCGUACACGAGCUUCCCGGCGAGCACCCACAACUGUUCUCACCACCGACACCACUAAUUUCCGGCAAAUGGUUCAAGAAUUCACCGGCAUCCCUACUGCACCUUUCUCCGCCUCCUCUUCUUCACCGUUCUCCCGCCGCCUUGAUCUUUUCGGCGGUGGUGGGAUAGGGCCGCUGUAUCCUGUACGGCCGUCGCCGCAGAAAAUUCAGCUACAACAACAGCCUUCUAUUUCCUCGGUGGAUGCUUCCUCAAGUAAUUACCAAUUACCCCCUUCUGAUAUUCAGAGUUUCCAAAAACAACCCCAAACUCUGUUGACUUCACAAAACCCCGUAUUUUCGUUUCAAUCUCUUUUACAAACAAAGAUUCCUCAGCAAGCAAAUUCACCCAUUUUGGGUACAACAAAGUCUGAUAAUCAACAAUCGGAUCUUCUAAGUGGGUUUCCAAGUUCUUCAACAAGAUGGAGGGACCAAAAUGAGAACUUGGUGAAUUUUAGUGGAGGUAAUCAUAAUAACCCAAAAGUUGAUGGGUAUAAGUUGAACUCUUUAGAUUUUGAUCAUCAAACGGAGAAGGGUUUAGAGAAUGUUAGUUCAUCAAGAAAUGGUGGCGAUCAAACUCAAGGUAAUGUAGAUUCAUGGCUUUGCCCUUCCGAUUAA